CUUACUUGUUUUCUUCUUCAUAACCCUCUCUGUCUUCUUGCUCUCAGAAUUUUACUUGAUUUAGUAGAGAACUGUAUGACAAAUUAAAGAGUGUUCCUGUAUAUCUCUUUGUCCACCUGUUUUGUCUUCUUACUUUGAAACUAUCUCUCUCUCUCUCUCUCUCUCUCUCUCUCUCUCUCUGUCUCUCAACUAAACCCACAUUAACAUGAUGAUGCCAGAUGAUCAUCAUCAUCAACUCUCAUUUCCCAGCUAUGUCCUUCACCAAGAACACAUCACCCCAAAUCCUAACCCUAACCCUAAUCCUUCCUCCUCAAACUCAGCCAAGAGGAAGCGAAAUCUACCGGGAAAUCCAGAUCCAGAUGCAGAAGUUAUCGCUCUAUCGCCAAACUCCCUCAUGGCGACUAACCGGUUCAUCUGCGAGAUUUGCAACAAAGGGUUUAAGAGAGACCAGAACCUUCAGCUUCACCGGAGAGGCCAUAACCUUCCAUGGAAGCUAAAGCAAAGGACGAACAAGGACCAAAUUAAGAAAAAAGUGUACAUCUGUCCUGAGAAGACUUGCGUACACCACGACCCGGGCCGAGCUCUCGGCGACUUAACUGGAAUCAAGAAGCAUUUCAGCAGGAAACACGGUGAGAAGAAGUGGAAAUGUGACAAGUGUUCCAAGAAGUAUGCUGUCAUGUCCGAUUGGAAAGCUCAUAGCAAGAUUUGUGGUACUAGGGAAUACAGAUGUGACUGUGGUACCCUCUUUUCCAGGAAAGAUAGUUUCAUCACACAUAGAGCAUUCUGUGACGCCUUAGCUGAAGAGAGUGCAAGAUUCGUCUCAGUUCCACCAGCUGCAGCUUCAGCCACACCCGCAUAUCUACACAAUGCCCCGGACGCUGAAGUCAACCUUGGAAACAUCAAUCAAAAUCAUCAACAUGGACAUACUACAUCUUCCCAAUUGGAUCAACCGGGUUUCAAUAACCAGCGCCAAACCUUUUUGGGACAAACCUUCACCAACCAGCUCCCCAUACAACCCAAUGUUUAUGCCUCCCCAUCAACUCGUAGCGCAUCCGACUCGCUUCAAAAUCUAUGGCAUUUACAAGGACAAUCAUCUCAUCAAUGGCUUCUCAACGAAAACAACAAUAACAACAUUCUCCAAAGGGGAAUCUCCAAGAAUGAAGAGGAACAUGAGAUCAAAAAGGUUGUAACUAGUGGUUCUUUGUUCUCUUCGGAAGCACUCAACAACGCUAAUGAUUACAGCCAAAACGGUGGACAAAUAGCAUCCAUGUCAGCCACGGCAUUGUUACAAAAGGCGGCUCAAAUGGGAUCAAAGAGAUCAUCAUCAAGCUUAAACAAUAGCAAGGCUUUUGGUCUAAUGAGUAACACCUCCAUCUUCAACAACAAGCAAACGGAGAAUAUGAAAACUACGGAAGUUGAUGAAGGAGGCUUCACGAGAGACUUUCUUGGUGUGGGAAGUCAACACAGUACUUGGCCAUUAUUAAUGGUAAACCGUAAUCUUCUCGACUCGUCCCCUCCGGCCACUACCGACGGUACCCCAACCCCCGACAGGAACCAGUAGUUUGG